GAUCCCACCACUACCCCGGGUCUCCCACAACCUGUCUAAGGUUCCACCUGCGAGUCAUCAAAAGAGGAGUGUCUUGGUGUCUUGGGAUUGCCCAGGUAAACCCUUCAGCCAGGGGGCGGGUCAGGCCCGACGUGCUGGAUGGGCGCGGCUUCGCGUCCCGGCGCAGGUGGCCUGGGCGGCCUGGUUCCGGCUACAAGCCGCGCAGCCUCUGCAGUACCAAGGAUCAGGGGCGGUGUCCAGCGAGGACCCAGGGAGAGUUCCAGAAGCCCCGCCCUCAAGGUAAGCGCCACCUUCCCCGGGAGCGGCAGGCGAGCGAGGGGCGGGCGAUUGCCCCGCCCUGUUCCUGUAGUGACCGAAAACCUCGGCCCUCCGCACUCGGGGCUCCGCGCGCCGCCGCCACCGCCGCUUUUCACCUGCGCCCGUCGCCCGCUUUCGGUGCGCGCCGGGCCAGUCGCCGCAUCCCAAGUCCCUCCGUCCCAAGCGCCACCAUGCACUCGCUCUUCAGGAAGAAAAACAAAGGCAAAUACAGUCCAACGGUGCAAGCGCGGAGCAUCUCCAGCAAAGAACUCUCAGAGCUGAUUGAGCAGCUGCAGAAGAAUGCGGACCAGGUGGAGAGGAACAUUGUGGACACCGAGGCCAAGAUGCAUAGCGACUUGGCCCGGCUGCAAGAGGGGCAGCUCCCUGAGCACCGGGACACGACCCUGCAGAAUGUGUCUGACUCAGAGAAGCUGCUGUAUGUGCUAGAGGCAGAUUCGGCCAUCGCCAAACACAUGAAGCACCCCCAGGGGGACAUGAUUGCUGAGGACAUCCGCCAGCUGAAAGAGCGUGUGGCCAACCUGCGGGGGAAACACAAGCAGAUGUACAGCCUGGCAGUGAAGGAGGCUGACCCGAAGGUCAACUGGGCUGCAUUGGUGGACGAAAAGCUGGACAAGCUGAGCAGUCAGGGCUUUGGAACUGACCUCCCUCUGGUGGACAGCCAGGUGGAGCAACACAACAUUUUCCACAAUGAAGUCAAAGCCAUCGGGCCCCACCUGGCCAAGGACAAGGAACAGAACAGUGAACUCCAAGCCAAGUAUCAGAAGUUGCUGGCAGAAUCGCAGGCCCGGCAGCAGCAUCUGACCUCACUGCAGGACUACAUGCAGCGCUGCACCAAUGAGCUGUACUGGCUGGACCAGCAGGCCAAGGGCCGCAUGCAGUAUGACUGGAGUGACCGCAACCUCGACUACCCCAGUCGCCGACGCCAGUACGAGAAUUUUAUCAACCGGAACCUGGAGGCCAAAGAAGAAAGAAUCAACAAACUGCACACCGAGGGCGACCAGCUGCUGGCGGCCGAGCACCCAGGGAGGAACUCCAUUGAGGCACACAUGGAGGCUGUGCACGCGGAGUGGAAGGAGUACCUGAACCUCCUCAUCUGUGAGGAGAGCCACCUGAAGUACAUGGAGGACUACCACCAGUUUCACAAAGACAUGAAAGACGCUCAGGAGCUGCUACGGAAGGUGGACUCAGACUUGAACCAGAAGUACAGCCCUGACUUCAAGGAUCGGUAUCAGAUAGAGCUGCUGCUGAGGGAGCUGGAUGACCAGGAGAAGGCUAUGGACAAAUAUGAGGAUGUGGUGCGGGGGCUGCAGAGGCGAGGCCAGCAAGUGGUGCCACUCAAGUACCGCCGUGAGACACCGCUCAAGCCCAUCCCUGUGGAGGCCCUCUGCGACUUUGAGGGUGACCAGGGCCUGAUCUCUCGAGGUUAUAGCUACACACUGCAGAAGAACAGUGGGGAGAGCUGGGAGCUGACGGACAGCACUGGGAAGAAGCUGAUUGCUCCCGCUGUCUGUUUCAUCAUUCCCCCCACCGACCCUGAGGCCUUGGCUCUCGCUGACAGCCUGGGCAGCCAGUACCGGAGUGUGCGGCAGAAGGCAGCUGGGAGCAAACACACACUCCAGCAACGGCAUGAGAUGCUAAGGACAGAGAACCCUGGAGAUGCCUCUGAUCUGCAGGGGCGACAGCUGCUGGCUGGCUUGGACAAAGUGGCCAGUGACCUAGACCGACAGGAAAAGGCUAUCACAGGGAUCCUACGGCCACCACUUGAGCAGGGACGGGCAAUAGAGGAUAGUGCUGAGCGGGCCAAGGACCUCAAGAACAUUAGAAAUGAGCUGCUACAGAUUGAACCAGAGAAGACACGGUGCACAGCCGAGUGUGAGGCUUUUGUGCAGGCCCUCCCGGGCAGUGGCACCACACCCUUGCUGAGGACCCGGGUAGAAGACACCAACCAGAAAUAUGAGCGACUGGUACAGCUGCUAGAUGCAGCCCUGGAGAAGGUGGAUGUGGCCAACCGCCUGGAGAAGAGUCUGCAGGAGGCCAGGGAGCUGCUGGCCUCACACGAGAACAGGCUGACCCAGGAUGACACAAUGCCUGAGAGUGGCCACAUGUUGGAUAGCAAGAGGCAGGAGUUAGAGACCCUGGCUUCUGAGCUGCAGGCCCAGAAGUCCCUCCUGGGUGAGGUGGAACAGAACCUGCAGGUAGCCAAGCAGUGCUCCAACUCACUGGCCAGCCGCUUCCAGGAGCACUGCCCUGACCUGGAGCGCCAGGAGGCUGAGGUAUACAAGCUCAACCAACGUCUCAGCAACCUCAGGCAGCAGGUGGAGCGCAGGGUCCAGAGCCUGCAGAGUGCCAGGGCUGCCUACAGUGAGUACCGCUGUGGUUAUGACCAUGUGCUCCGGUUCCUGGCCAACACUCCCAGCUAUGAGCCCCAGGAGACAGACAGCCUCAGCCAGAUGGAGACCAAGCUGAAGAACCAGAAGAACUUGCUUGGUGAGCUAGCAAGCAGGGAAGAAGAGGUGCAGAGGGUAUGUGCAGAUUCCCAGCGGUACCAGCAAGCAGCGAAGGACUAUGAGCUUGAAGCAGAGAAGCUGAGGUCCCUGUUGGACCUGGAGAAUGGCCAUAACAGCCAUGUGAACAAGAGAGCCAGGCUGCAAUCUCCUGCCGCCAAAGUGAAGGAAGAGGAAGCUGCUCUUGCUGCCAAGUUCACAGAGAUUAAUGCCAUCAACAGACAGAGGCUGCAGAACUUGGAGUUUGCACUGAAUUUCCUGAGACAGCAGCCAGAAGCAGGAGUGACCCGUGAGGCCCUGCAAGCGGGAAAGCUGGGCUCCAGCAAGGAGGAAACAUGGAAGAUUAAGAAGGAGCUGGAGGAAGAGAUGGAACGAAGGCAGCAGCUGGAAAAUGAGGUUAAGAGUGCCCAGGAGGAAAUUCAGACCCUGAAGGAUCAGGGGCCUCAGGAGGCACUGGUGAGGAAGGAGGUGCUCAAGAGGGUGCCAGACCCUACCCUGGAGGAGAGCUUCCAGCAGCUGCAGCAGACCCUGGCUGAGGAACAGCACAAGAACCAGCUGCUGCAGGAGGAGUUGGGAGCACUGCAGCUCAGGCUGCAGGCCCUAGAGCAGGAGACCAGGGAUGGGGGACAGGAGUAUGUGGUCAAGGAGGUCUUGCGCAUUGAACCAGACAGAGCGCAGGAGGAUGAGGUCCUGCAGCUUCGGGAGGAGCUGGAGGCACUGCGGCGGCAGAAAGGUGCCCGAGAGGCUGAAGUGCUCCUCCUACAGCAGCGUGUGGCAGCCCUGGCUGCUGAGAAGAGCAGAGUGCAAGAGAAGGUCACCGAGAGGGAGGUGGUAAAGCUGCAGAAUGACCCCCAGCUGGAGGCAGAGUACCGGAGGCUGCAGGAGGAGCACCAGCGGGAGGACACACUCAGGGAGAAGCAGGAAGAGGAGCUGAGUUUCCUGCAGGCCAAGCUCAGGAGACUGGAGAAAGAACGGGCCAUGGCGGAAGGCAAGAUCACUGUCAAGGAGGUGCUCAAGGUCGAGAAGGAUGCAGCCACGGAGAGGGAAGUCAGUGACCUCACCCGCCAAUAUGAGGAUGAGGCUGCUAAGGCCCGCACUGGCCAGAGGGAGAAGACAGAGCUUCUCAGAAAGAUAUGGGCCCUGGAAGAAGAAAAUGCCAAGGUGGUGGUACAGGAGAAGGUCCGGGAGAUUGUGCGGCCAGAUCCCAAGGCAGAGAGUGAGGUGGCCAACCUCCGCCUGGAGCUGGUGGAGCAGGAGCGCAAAUUCAGGGGUGCCGAGGAACAGCUGAAGAGCUACCAGAGUGAGCUGGAGGCCCUACGGAAGCGUGGGCCACAGGUAGAAGUCAAAGAGGUGACCAAAGAGGUCAUUAAAUAUACAACUGACCCGGAGAUCGAGCAGGAGCUGCAGCGACUUAGGGAGGAGAUCAUGGACAAGACCAGGCUAAUAGAAAGGUGUGACCUGGAGAUCUACCAGCUGAAGCAGGAGAUCCAGGCCCUGAAGGACACCAAGCCCCAGGUGCAGACGAGAGAAGUGGUCCAGGAGAUCCUGCAGUUCCAGGAAGACCCCCAAACCAAGAAGGAAGUAGAGUCUCUGCGCAUACAGCUGUCAGAAGAACACAAGAAACAGGUGGACCUGGAAGCGGAGCGGGCAUCCCAGGAAGAGAAGAUCCGACGUAAGGAGGAGGAGCUGGCACAGGGCAAGGAAAGGGUUGUACGCCAGGAGGUGGUGCAGUAUGAAGCUGAGCCAGAAUUGCGAGCUGAGGUGACUGCCUUCACGGACAGCAUUGACGCUGAGCUGCGGCAGAUCGACAAGCUGCGUGUGGAGCUGCGGAGGCUACAGCGCCGCCGAGCAGAGCUGGAGAGGCAGCUGGAGGAGCUGGAGCGCGAGCGACAGGCGCGUAGGGCGGCUGAGCUGGAGGUGCAGAGGCUGCAGCAGCAGCUGGCUGCCCUGGAGCGGGAGGAGGCCAAGGCUGGUGAGAAGGUGACCCACACACAGAAGGUGGUGCGGCAGCAGGACCCACAGCAGACCAGGGAGCAUGCCCUCCUUCGAGCCCAGCUGGAGGAAGAGCGGCACCGGAGGCAGCUACUGGAGGGCGAGCUUGAGCCCCUGCGUAGAAAGCUGGCUGCCCUGGAGAAGACCGAGAUCAAAGAAAAGGUGGUCUUCUCUGAGAGUGUCCAGGUGGAAAAGGGUGACACUGAGCAAGAGAUCCAGAGGCUCAAGAAGAGCCUGGAAGAGGAGACCCAGAGCAAGAGGGAGCUGGAUGCAGAGGUGACAAGGCUGGAAGCCAAGUUAUCUGAGCUAGAAUUCUACAAUUCCAAAUCAUCCAAGGAACUGGAUUUCUUGAGAGAAGAAAACCACAAGCUACAGCUAGAGCGGCAAAACCUGCAGCUAGAGACCCGGAGACUCCAAUCAGAGAUUGAGAUGGCAGCAACAGAAACGCGAGAUCUGAGGAACAUUACCACAGUGGACUCCGGAACCCACCUCAACUCUAGGCUGUGGUCCCUAGAGAAGGAACUGGAUGACCUCAAGAAGAUGUCCAAGGACAAGGAUCUGGAGAUCGAUGAACUGCAGAGGCGCCUGGGCUCUGUGGCCGUCAAGAGGGAGCAGAGGGAGAACCACCUGAGGCGCUCCAUAGUGGUCAUUGACCCUGACACAGGUCGUGAGCUGUCCCCAGAGGAGGCCCACCGGGCUGGGCUCAUCGACUGGAACAUGUUUGUGAAGCUCAGAAGCCAGGAGUGUGACUGGGAGGAGAUAUCAGUGAAAGGUCCUAAUGGGGAGUCAUCAGUGAUCCAUGACAGGAAGUCUGGCAAGAAAUUCUCUAUUGAGGAUGCUCUUCGCAAUGGCCGGCUAACCCCUGCUCAGUAUGACCGCUACGUCAACAAGGAUAUGUCCAUUCAGGAGCUGGCAGUCUUGGUAUCUGGGCAGAAGUAGGCCCGGCCCUUCUGCCUGGCUUUUCUUGGAGGUAGAUGGCUGGCUUACUCCUUCUCAGCAACCUCUUGGGUGUCUUCGGUUCCCUAGCCCUCGUGCAGGCUUCUGAGCUAAGUGUUUUAUCCACACUGCAUCAGGCUGCUUACAGUCUCGCUAUUAUAGUGCCAGUACAGACACCAGCUGGGUAGGCAUCUCUAAACUCAGCCUCAUUCAGUCUGGAUGAGUGAUCUGCUCCCACUUCUGAUGAUUUAACAACCUUGGUAUCUUCUCUCCCUUUCCUACAUGUUCCCAUCAUCAGUGUGACAACUGGAAACUAUACCACAAGAAAAUACUGCAGACAUACUCACAGAGACAGCAUGGGCUUUAGCAUAUCGCAUGGUGACACUGAAGGCAGAACCCUCCUUCCUGCCUCUUUCCACUCAAGACUGGGCACUUGGGGCUGCUGACCUUCCUUCUCGCCAUUCCAGUUUUCUGACUGGGAUGGAACUAUCUGCAGUGCCUGCUCAACAGUGAUUCUUCCCAUGAGACAAACUGGGCUCUACACUAGAAUAGGUGUCCAGAAUCCACAAUGCCUGGCUGUUGGUGCUACAGUAGCUAGCCAGGAUGUGACAAAAAACCAAAAAACAGGCACCAAUGACUGUUUCCUAGUUCUGAAAUGAAAAGAUCUUAGUAAUGGAUGGUGUGUUAGCUCUACUUUCAGUGCCUUACAAGUCUUCCUCAUUGUCUGACUGGCAUUUAGAUAUACGAAAGUUGAUUACUCACCAAAUGAAUUUCUGCUUCUCUGUAUUUCAUGUACUAUGUAAGAAAAUGGGAAGUGAUAGGGAACUUUAUUUAUGGCAUGAAAAUAAAAAUCUGGUGGCUUGAUUCUAACUUAUACCAAGUAUGAUUCCUUUACACAUGAGGCUGAUCCUUGGUUCUCAGUCACAAUGAGCAUUC